AGCUACUCUAGCUACGGACACCUAGCUAGAGCUGUGCGGGAUCGUGAUGGGCUUCGGGAAGACACUCUGCUCGAGUAUAAGAAUGCCCACUCUCCUCCUCCUCGAGUGGGCGAUUGGAAUUUCUUCUUUGACGCCCCAAGCUGAGACACAUAUCAUACCUAUCGCCUUUAUCCUCAUCACCACCACCACUACCACCACUACCACGGACGUCAUACAGUCCAGGGAUUGGCUAUCUGUCCUCCUCCCUACCCGCACCCCACAUACAUAUAGUGCUCAGGAACCUUCAACGAUAAAGGGUCCUACACACAUACCGUACUCCAUUGCCUCCUCCGCCGCACCGUUUUUUUUAUUUUUUUAUUUUUGGCAGCAGCUGCUUUCUCUUUCUCUUUCUCCUUCCAAAUAAACCUCCCGUCCAUCCAUCCAUCCUCCACCAUGUCCUCAAUCUUCAACCGCUACCUAGGGAAGGAGCACCACCUGGGCGUGGUAGCCGUCGGCUUCUCCGGCGGACAGGUUCGCCUUCCUCGCUCCCCUCCU